UGUGGCUUUGUUCUGGACUCAACUGGCUGGGAUAGACAGGAAGGCAGGGCCAAUCAGGGCACUAGGUCGUUCGUACAUGUUUUACGUGUCACUGUAACCGGUCGAUCGAUAUAAACGCUGCGUAUCAAUAACCUGCAGUCAGGCACACACCCGUUACAACAAUUGGCGACGGGGUAGAGAAAAUUUGGAACCCUCUAAUUGGACGAGAUUCAGCUUAAUUAUUUUGACCAAUCAGCGUCCGAAUUUGUUAUCGGUGUUCUUGGAAGUCAUUGGUUAUUAAUUGCUCACAGUAUUUCUUAUUACCCUGCUGUCUCAGAAAAUGAAUAUACUUCCCGAUCAAUUAAAGCUACUACUUGACCGCCAGCAGCAGCGUUUCAGACAGUGCCAGUUGAAUGUUUUGGACAAUUUACGCACGCGACUGCUGAAUCUCCCGUGUUUUGGAGAUGUGAAAGAAAUUGAUGAAUUAAUUUCUCAGCUGCAUACUGAACUCGAAAAUGACUGCAGAAGGUAUGAAUAUGAAAACAAAAGCCUCUAUGAAUCCUUAACGAGCAGCAAUGCAAACGAGGCAGUCGCUAAUGAUCCGUCCAGCGAUUCAGAAAUGUCCAGUUCAGAAGCAUGCCCUGUCGUGGGUUCAAAUCCCACUGUGCCCGCAACAUGUGAGGUAUACAACUCACAAGAAGAACUCGUGCCAGAGAAUGUGUAUCAUGCAUCAAAUAAUGGUCAUGAAUCUAAUACAAAUUUCAAGGAAGCUGUUUAUUCUAGUGACCUAUUAUCCACUGAUGGAAUCUUGAAGAGUUCUGGUGAAUAUGUUUCACAAGAAUCAAACCUGAAUGACCUCAUGUCUGGUGUCGCUAAUCCUCAUCAUCUAGUCAGUUUUAAUGAUCCCUCUACUCAAUGCGCGAAAUAUGCUUUAAAUAGAAUCAGACUAACUGUUACUUGGGUACAUGAGGACCCAACAUUAUUCCGCGGGGGAGGACGGACGCAGAAAAUUUUAAAAUCCGGAUAUCAACUCCGGAUCCUCAAAAAAGAGGGGGAGGUGUUAGGUAUGCAGAGGAAUACGCCAAUAAUUAUCGUGUCAAGUCGAAUGGUGUCCUUGGACGUUAAAUGUACAUUUCCUAUUGGUCGAUAUUUGCUUCAGUUAUUUAAUAUUGUGUAAAUGUUGUUUCCUAUUUUUAUGGUACGAUGUGGUAUGCUUGGUUAGUAUAUAAACAGAGUGUGUUUGAAAUAUAAUGAUUCAUAUCUCAGA